AUGAUUACGACAACCUCUACUUCUUCAACAAGUAGUAAAAUACGACAAACGAAUACUAAUAAUAAUAACAAAUCUUCCUCACCUCCAAACAAACGAAGACGAAAACGAGGAAUUUCAAAUACAAAAUUGUUGGAACAGGCUUCAAGCGGAGGUCAAAAACAAUUUCAAAAGCAGCCUUCCUACAUUAGAGGAAAACAACCAACGACACCAUCAAAAAGUAUUUCAAGUCAUCCAUCUAAAAACAUCAACAAUAACACGACAACAACACCUGUUGCAGAUACAUCUUGUAUCAUCCACCAAACAAGCAUUCAAGCAUCAAACAAGCAUCAUCCAACUUCUCUUGAACAACAAGAUUCAAAAGUACUUCCGCCCCAAUUGAAACUACUAAGAGAUCAUACAGGAUCUUUGGUGUGUUCAAAACAAUCAUCAACACUUCAGCCAAGAUCUCGAGUCAUCAUCCAAUACAGACCCGAAAUGCCCAAUAAGAAGAGAGGUUCUUUAAUAUUGACUUGCUCAAGUGGAGGUGAAGAGGAAACGAACAACAGUCAUCAUAUUCAAGGAAUUGAACACUGCACUGGGACAGCAAAGAAGGAAGGUUUUGAGACAAAAGCAAUUGUCCAUCCAUCUGAUAACAUUGUUGAGAAGUGUCACCAUUGUGAUGAUUUGUGCUCGUCCAAUGAAAACAACAACAACAACACUAGCCACUCGUUGAUGCCACAACCUUCAAGCAUCUCUUCUCCUGUAUCUGAAGCCACAACACCCGAGGAUGUUGUUGUGAGUUUGAAUACUUGUGGCCUUAAUACGACUAAGGCUACUUCUAACAAUCAUCCAUCGACAACUAGAAGUCGCUCCAAUUCCAAGACGAUGUCAUUGAGUAUCAAGAUUGAUGAUACUAACAUAUCUUCUGUUGUCAUGAUUAACUCCAAAACCACGAAUGAUCCUUCGAUUGUGGUCACUCCUCCAAUGCCUUCAACACCAAAGCAUGAUUCCGAGUCACAACAUGCCUCAUCGACAUCAUUCAGCACCAACAAACCCUCCACAGGUAUUCUUUCACGACUACUUGCUGUGAGAAAGAAUACAAUCUUAAUCAAUUCAAACUCAGAAAGUCCAACUCAUGAACCUCCUACUCGUUCAUCAUCGAGAUUUAGAAAAUGGAAGAAACAUGCACGUUCUCAAAGCAUGUCUCACUCUUCAUCCAAUGCUGCCUCAAGUAAUGCAUCCACAAGUGUGAGUAGUACAUGUGGUAAUUCAUCCUCAACUGUGAGCAGUUUCUCCAGUAGCAAAAGUGUAGGAAAUAGUUCGAGCCGAGAAUACUUCUCAUCUUCAAGGACAUGCUCAGAAUUUGAUUCUCAUGGACAUUCAUCGUCAUGCUUGACCAAUAGUCAGCAUAGCGACUCUCCUCAACAUCACACCAAAUGCCAAGAUCUUCCCUCUUCGUCAAACCAAUCUAAAAAAAGCAUUUCUCAAAGAAGAAGCAAAAUACACCAGCAAAAAAUGACAGAAGUCCAAGCCAGCUGUCACCCUUCAAAUUCUCAUCAUGCAAUGUUUCAAGCCGCUCCAAGCAGAGAAACAACAGCAACUGUGUUUGUUGAGGGUGAUGAUGGCUUGGAUGGCGGUGUGAUACCAUCAACAACUACAACAUCGCCGAGAAGUACUACAACUUCCAGUACCACACAACAAACCGCAAGAAACUACAAAAACGUUUUUUUGAAUAUGGUAGAUGAUCAUAUUACUUUGUUUUUGAAAAAGAAUUCUUUCAGAAACAGCCACAACAGCUCUUCAAUAAUGAUUGAUGCCUCUCAAACAUCAUCUCGGAAGUUAACAUUGGCUGAUUGUCCUCCUGAAAUUUUGCUUUACAUUGCAAGUUUUGUUUUAACCACGAUCAAUUGUUGUGAUUAUCCAACGGAAAAAGCUUCAUCACCUGUUGGAAUUAUUGUUGGUUCGGCAUUCAAUUUUUCAACAUCUAGUUUAUCACCUUCUGGAUUCAUGUAUGAUUCAAGUAGCAACAUGUCAUCAAGAAGCGGCAGACAUUCGUCAACUUUGAAAAGGUUCGAAUAUUAUCCUAAAUAUACCAUGUUUCCGAAAGAGUUGACACGAGAUUAUUUCAGCUUGAUGUUAACCUGUAAAGCGUUUUAUUAUGCACUCAACUUUGAUCCAGAUAUUAAGAAUGAAAUGAAAAAUGGAUUGAUUGAAGGAUUUUGGGAGUAUAUUCUUUUUUGGCAUUAUGUCUAUCCAAAUUUUGCAUCAAUUGACAAGAUGGAUGAUUUCAUGACAGACGUAAGGUUAAGAAAACCACCAGAACUUUCCUACAAGAGAAUUUAUCAAUAUGUGAACAUGCAAGUACAACAAAUCAAGGUACAAAUUCCUAAAAAGAAAAACUCAUUUGACCCUACCAAUUACUUUUAUCUGUUAGUAGCGGGUGUGAACAGUCUUGUCAUCCAAACAAUUAGAGCUUUAUUCUAUGAAAGCAAAUCUGAUUUCGAAUGUAAAAGCAUUCGAUUCGAUGGAGAAGAAUACAAAGUGCGGAUUGAAUCUUGCAGUUUUAUGGAUUACUCUCUUGCUCCAAACUGUGCUGAAUAUAAAUUCAGAGGAACAGAUGGUAUUCUAUUUGUUUGUUACAUGUCAAGUCGAAAAUCACUUGAUGCCAUGAUCAAGUAUAUUGAGAAAUGCAUUGACUUUCGAAAAAAAGAUGAUGCCCGAACGACAAUGGACCCACCAGCAGCCAUCAUUAUGGGCAACAUUACUAACAACACGACCAUUCAAGAACUCACAAUUGAUGAUCUCAUAGAAGUGAAGAAUACUUACUCCUAUUUCAUCAGAGACGUAGUGAUUGUGAAUACAGAUACCCUUGAAAACAUUCAAACCUCAUUUGAGAAGGUAGCAACCAUGAUGUACAGAACUAAAAUGAAGAGCUAUGUAAAUACCAUUCCAAUUAUUGAGGAAACCCUUAGAAAAGAUGAGGAGACACUAACUUUAGAUAUAAGGAAAGGAAAACGACGACACACUCAACAGCGAUGCUCCGUCAUGUAG